CAGUAUUCGCCUUAAGUUCCUUUGACUGUGUCCCUCAUGGCGCUAGACAUCCCCAAUGGUACUCCCGACUGCGGAGAAGGGAUUUUCAUUACAACCAUUCUUCUUAUUGUCCUCAUCACGGUAUUCACAACGCUUCGGAUUAUCAGUAAAUUUGUUGCCCAUCAAGACUGGUGGUGGGAUGACUUCUUCGCCAUCCUCGCGUUGCCGCUCGAGUUAAUCGUUCUCUCCCUCGUGCUGGCAUGGAGGCAAAUCGGUCUCGGCUAUCAUAUGGAUGUAGUUGCCGCAAUAGACCCAGAAUAUAUCACGACCGGCGCCCGCUACCUAUACGUGGCAACGUUUUUCUUCGACGGCUCAGUCUGUGUGCCAAAGAUUUCGGCCUUGUUUUUCUACGCACGCGUAUUUCGAUCCAACAACCGCGCCUUUCGCAUACACCUCUGGAUCGUGGGUGGGCUCACAUCUGGAUGGCUCUUAGCAGCAUGGAUCUCUACCAUUCUUGAAUGCCACCCCAUCCCGAAGGUCUGGAACACUACAUUACCAGGAACAUGCAUCGCCCAAUUCCAAUGGUAUAUCUCAACGGCUGCUCUUUCGUCUACGAUCGACCUGUACAUCUUGUGCCUACCAAUCCCCAUGAUCUGGGGUCUGCAAGUCAGUCUAAAGCGACGCGUAUACCUCCUGACUGCCUUCAUGAUGGCUUACUCGGUCGUCGUGCUAUCCCUUGGCCGUCUCGUCGCUGUCGUCCAAGUCAUACCCAUCAUGAGCCAGGACUUCACCUGGCUCUUUGUCAAAUACUGCUAUUGGUCCGUACUGGAGGGAUCAAUCUCCAUUAUCUCCAUUAGCGUGCCUAACUGUAUUGCCUUGGCGAAGGCACUGCGGAAUACUACAGAUUCAAAGGUUCGCUUGGGUAGCAAUCAAGGGAGUAGAAAGUCCCCUAGCCAUAUGGGCUCGCAUCUCGGUGAGCGGAAAGACACUGUUUCGUGGCAAAAGGGACAUGCAGGCUGCAGCAGUGUCGACAAGCUCGUUUCAGAUGUUCAAGUCAGCCCGAGUGAGUACGGGCAUCGCCGGAACAUGGAUAUCCCACUCGGCGCGGUCCGCAUUGAAACUGAUAUUGAGGUGAGCAGGCUUGUAUGAUAUGACUAGAUAUUGUGUACAUACACCAAUGGAGAUAGCAUAUCCUUGGGGUUUAUUGUUGUUAGUAUGCCAAAGUGUUAUCAGG